CUCUGGUAAUCAAAAGAAAAAACUUUCUUCUUGCUUUCUGUUUUCCGAGCAAUAUUUGGGUGUUUGUAUUCCGGCUUUCUUCAGUGCAGAGGAGGUCCGAGACAGAGGUGAUUCUGGGCUGUUUUAUCCUGGGGACGACGAGGCUGGUAUACUGCUUGUACUACCUUGGGCAGAGCCGCGAAACGUCUUAAAAAAAGCGACUUAGUCCGCGACUCAACCCAAGAUUUUGUUUGGUAAAUUCGUUCCUUUUGUGUUCUGCACUAACAGAGCCCGAGUUCAAAACAUCACUCACAUCAAUGGCUGCCGUUCUCUCCCUCCACACCCUCUUUCUCCUCCCAUCAAACCGUUCCUCCCAAGCUAUUUCCACAAAGCCCCGGGCUGUCCUCAGCCAAGCCAACAAAAUGCGAGUCCCCUAUGUGCUGAGGCAGGGGCAGUCCCGUCUUUUCCACAAGCUCCCUUCUGGGCUGAACAUGGAGGUCAUUGUGCAAAAGGAAGACCCAUAUGAGAAAAAGAAGAGAAACACUGAAAACCCACCUCUGGUUUUCUUCCAUGGAAGCUACCACGCUGCUUGGUGCUGGGCUGAGCACUGGUUGCCGUUCUUUUCAAACUCUGGCUACGAUUGCUAUGCCGUUAGCUUGUUGGGGCAGGAAUAAGGGAAAAUUUUCUUGGAGUAUAUGAGUUCCUUGCUGGGAAGUCAGAGCCCGACCAUGAUAUAACAAGGUCAGUUAUGA